UUCCUGUUGAAUUUCUCUCUCCUGCUUAGGCUCGCUGAUUGCAUGGCAUAUUUGUGGAACUGUUCCCAGAACAGAAGCCCCGCUCUGAGACCCCCUCAUGGAUGAAGCAAACCUGACAUCUCUCAUCCCUGAAACACCAGGGAACACUUCCAGCCAUAGGAACACUUCCUCGGGAGAUGUGGAUCGGAAAAUCCCAAUCGUGCACUGGGUCAUCAUGAGCAUCUCUCCCCUGGGCUUUGUGGAAAAUGGAAUUCUCCUGUGGUUUCUCUGUUUCCGAAUGAGGCGGAACCCCUUCACCGUCUACAUCACCCACCUGUCUAUUGCCGACAUCUCUCUGCUCUUUUGUAUCUUUAUCUUAUCGGUUGACUAUGCUCUGGAUUACGAGCUCUCUUCUGGGUACUAUUACACCAUCGUAACGUUGUCGGUGACCUUUCUGUUUGGCUACAACACGGGCCUCUACCUCCUGACAGCCAUCAGCGUAGAGCGUUGCCUGUCGGUCCUGUACCCCAUCUGGUACCGCUGUCACCGGCCCAAGCACCAGUCCGCCUGUGUCUGUGGCCUGCUCUGGGCCCUUUCCUGCUUGGUGACCACCAUGGAGCAUGUCAUGUGCAUAGACAUUGGGAGGAAGGGCCAUUCCCAGAGUGACUGCAGGGCCGUCAUUAUUUUCAUCUCCAUCCUGAGCUUCCUCGUGUUCACGCCUCUCAUGGUGGUCUCCAGCGUGAUCCUGGUGGUGAAGAUCCGCAGGAACAGCUGGACUUCUCACUCAUCCAAACUCUACAUAGUCAUCAUGGUCACCAUCAUCAUCUUCCUCAUUUUCGCCAUGCCCAUGAGACUCCUUUACCUCCUGUACUACGAGUACUGGCCAACUUUUGGCAACAUGCACCAUAUUUCCCUUCUCUUCUCCACCAUCAACAGCAGUGCAAACCCUUUUAUUUACUUCUUUGUGGGCAGCAGCAAGAAGAAACCGUUCAAGGAGUCCUUAAAGGUUGUCCUCAACAGGGCUUUCAAAGAUGAGAUGCAAGUGAGACGCCAGGAAGACAACCCUGAUGUGAUCGCUGUGGAGACAGUGGUCUGAAGCUCAGGGUCUUCCUCUUGGGGAUUUGUGCUGCUUGACACUCCAGAUGGGGAGUCGGACAUCUCCUGGACAAUCCCUGGAAUGCACUGUAACCUGAUUUUAUAUAUGGGAUAGCUGGCGUCCUUACCAGAUGCAGGUAGAUUAUUGGAUUGUACCCUUGAGCCGUGACUUCUGGACCUGCCUACUCUUACGUCACGCCUCCAUUAAUUUUGUACCUUCCUCUACCCUCUAAGAUUGUGUGAUGGCAUUAUCCCAAGGAGUGUAAGAUAAGACUUUUAGAUGAAAGAUUUACAAAUAUUCCCAGAAAAAAAACCAACAGAAGUAUUUAUUAGAAGUUGGAUUCUUUUGAAAGAGUAAAAGGGAAAAAAGGAAAAAAAAAACUAAUUUUAUCAUGUAUACUUUAUUGUUUUAAAGGUUUUAUUUUAAAUACAUUUUUCCUUUGUAGUAUUUAAACCCAAUAGAGAAACAUUGAAAUUCUGUGCAGCUUCUGCAAACUUGAAAUGGUAACUCCUAAUAUGUUAGGCAAUAAUCUUAGGGUAGCAUGAUAUAAUAGACAGAUGGAUGGCUUUAGGAUUAAGAAAGCCUGUGUUUAAGUUCAAUCUCUGAUGUGUUCUAGUUGUGUCAACACAGGAAAAUCACUUAAGCUCUCAGUGUCCCAGGCAAUCAUCUAAGACUAUAAAUUACAAAUGAGUUGUUGAUCUGUGCCAAUAGAAGGACUUGCCACACUGGGAUCUUUCCACAAUGGUAAGAUUGGGGGAGGAAACAAUUAGAGUAUGAACCUUUCUCCCAAAUUAGAGGAUAGAAUCCUAUAGCUUUUUUUGGAAGAAAUCUUGAUUUAAAGAAUUGUAUUUUUGAGUCCUUUGUAUUGUAUAUAAACAUUGAUAAGUAGAAUUAGAUAUAUCCAUCCAUCGGGUUGAAUGAAAUGAGUUUUCAUUUAUGGAAGAAGACUUUUUCUCAGAGCCAGUUUCCUUUGAGCUCUAUCUCUCCAAGACAUUUCCUUGCUGGGUUUGUUUUUUUUUUUUCUGGAAGAAGUCAUGUGGUAGGGAAGGGUACAAGGGAGUAUUAUGGGGAAAUGAUGUUGGUAGGCAGGAAACAGGACUUUUCCCCCCCAAGAACUUUCCCAGCAUCAUUGCCCACUCCCCAUCAUUUCAGAACUCAUGUACAAGGAUAUACGACUAUUUCAAGACUGUCUGCACUAUCUUGCACUGCACGUCCUUAUUAUUAGUUGUAAUGUGUGAAAUGUGCAAUUUAGAGACUCCAUGCUAUGUUAACUUGCCUUCUGUCCCCUUUUCCAAAAACCUCAUAGAGAUAAAGUGUUUCAAGUGGCAAUUUGACCGAGCAAAAUAACUACAUUCUUAAAUGAGGCUUAUUAGUUUUUGUUUUAAUUACAUAUUUCUAAAAGGAUGAGAGAAGCAAUGAUGAAAGAGACUAUUAUUAUGGUCUUUCUUCUCCAAUGGCCUUCUCCAGGAAAAUAAGGAUGGCUCUUUUCAGUAGCCUCAGAGGGGUGAGCUACAACCUCUCCUGCCGUGGCCAGCCUCAUCCCAACUGCCAACAAAGUUCAGCUCCAAGGCUCUUAACAGUGAGUGACAACAUCUGAUUCACAGAGAAGGCAGCUUGAUUCUUAGAGCCCAGAUGGGGUGUGUGGUGGUGACAUUUAGAAUGGACUUGUUUUUGAGGGAAAACAUGGCAUCUUCACAGAGAAAGUGCAGAAUAAAUAAUGGAGAACUAGGGAACUGUUUUCUCACUCUCACCAAAUCAUAGAAGACAGUAUUAGUUUCAAAGCAGAAUGGCUCAAAACUAUCUUUUCUCAAAGGGAUUUUGGAGUUUCUUGAAACAUUUCUAAGGGAAAUUUGGAAAUGUUAAGCUACACUUAAUUCCAUCCUUCAAAUAAGGUGAAGUUGAAUAUGAAUGUGAACAGGAAUAUAUAACCUUUUAAUAAUGCUGCUUUUAAAAAACUGGAAUUCAAGUUUCAGAUUAAUCUUUCAGUGUUUGAGAAAUCAACUGAUUUUCCUUCUUUCUAUAUCUCCUUCUAUCCCGUCCUAAGGGUGCUGGUAAAUAUUUAAUGAUCAGCUUUGGGGCAAACAUAUAUAUGUUAGCAUACACUUUUCAAUUUAAUCUACUGUAUUAGAUUUUCUCUGUUAAUUUCUCAAGUCUAGAAAAUCAACAAAACAAGAUAAACCCUGAUUUGUAAGGUUUUUUGAUUUCUGGGGUAUAAAUACUUACACUAAAAAUUUAAACAUAAAUUCUCAAGGCUUUCCAAUUGUCGCCAGCACAUCUCUAAUUCUCUUCCCACUUCACCCAUUGCCUUCCAAGUUAAAAAAAAAAAAAUGAAUUGUCAACUGCAAACUACAAAAGAUAAUAUACCAGAAAACUUAAACAAAGUAAGUGAACAACUAGUAAAUAAUCUUAUCAAAAUUUCACAUGUAGAAGAAGGUCUACUAUGUCUGCUAUUGUUAGGGUACACAGACUUACAUCAUUGUAAACACUUAAUUCCCUUGCCAGAAUAGAAUGUAAGCUCUUUGCAGUAGGAAUUGUUGUUAUUUUCUUUGUACAUAUAUCUCAAACACUUAGCACAGUACCUGGUCCAUAAGUGGCGUUUAAUAAAUGCUUAUUUAUCAAUUGAUUGCAAAAUUAUGAUUAUUUCUGAAGUUUGCUAUAUGUUGUUAUAAUCCAAGAUAGUAUAAAAUGUGUCAUAAUGAGAGAAGAUAUUUCAGAGGUAUUCAGAAGAGGGAAAAAUCACUUCUAGCUAAUGUGACUAAGGGCAGCUUCUGGGAAGAAAGCUAUUUGAGCAGAGGAUUGAAGUUUUGAUGAAACUUUGCUUCAGCUGGUAGAGAUGGAAACAAGUGUAUUCCAAGCAAAAAGAAUGGUAUGAUCAGAAGCAAAAGAUGGAUGAAAGUUCAAAGCAUAUUUGGGGAACAACACAUGACCCAGUUUGGCUGGAACAUGGAGAAUUUGGAAAAUAAUGUUGGAGAAAUACAUUGGGAGUGGAUGAAGGAAAAAUUUUUGGGUUUUUU